AUGUUAUCCAUGAUCAUCAUGCCAGCUUCCAAGUCUGGAACUAGCUGCGAUUACUGGAUAGAUGGAUCCCACAGGGAGAUAGCCUUUGAAGAUUACUACACUGUGGCACAGGAAUUAGGAAGGGGUGCAACCUCCGUCGUGUACCGAUGCCAAGAAAAGCAAACCCAGAAACAAUAUGCAGCAAAAGUCCUGCAGAAAACUAUCGAUAAGAAGAUUGCAAGAACUGAAAUUGGUGUUUUGCUACGGCUCUCUCAUCCGAAUAUUAUUAAACUAAAAGAAAUCUUUGAGACUCCCACAGAGAUCAUCCUGAUUCUGGAGCUAGUGACUGGUGGGGAGCUUUUUGACAGGAUUGUGGAAAAAGGAUAUUACAGUGAGCGGGAUGCAGCCCAUGCUGUAAAGCAGAUUCUGGAAGCUGUUGAGUAUUUACAUGAAAAUGGGGUGGUCCAUCGAGACCUUAAACCUGAAAACUUACUGUAUGCAGACCUCUCUUCAGCUGCACCAUUGAAAAUUGCUGACUUUGGUCUGUCCAAAAUUGUGAAUGAACAAGUUGCCAUGAAGACAGUAUGUGGGACUCCAGGUUAUUGUGCACCUGAGAUUCUGCGUGGUUGUACCUAUGGACCUGAAGUGGACAUGUGGUCUGUCGGAGUCAUUACCUACAUCUUACUCUGUGGAUUUGAACCAUUUUUUGAUGCCCGUGGUGACCAGUAUAUGUACAGCAGGAUCUUGAACUGUGACUAUGAGUUUGUCUCCCCCUGGUGGGAUGAUGUGUCCCUAAAUGCAAAAGAUUUGGUAAGAAAGCUGAUAGUCCAAGAUCCACAGAAGCGUCUGACUGUUCAGCAGGCCCUCCAACACCCUUGGGUGACCGGGAAGGCAGCCAAUAUUGCUCACAUGGACAAUGCACAGAAGAAAAUGCAAGAAUUUAAUGCAAGGCGCAAGCUUAAAGCAGCUGUGAAGGCUGUUGUAGCUUCAAGCCGAUUAGGAAAUGCAAGCAACCAUAGCCAUAGCAAUCACGAGAGCACCAAAGGAAGGCACAACUCCAGUUCUGUUCAAGAUCAGAGCCCCGAAAAGGAAAAUGGGCAAAAUUUAUAGCAAGGCUCUCGGCGUUCCUUCCAUGGACUGUCUCCCUCACUGGAAGUUAUGGAAAGAAUACUGGCAAGGUUCUCUGGAGCAGUACUCUGAAUCAAUAGCAAU